UGGAUGUCCUUCCGGUUAAUCAGAAGUUUCUAACGUUGCCAUGGUAACAUGAAGACGGGGCAAGCUAAGCUUUUUUGCAAAGCUGUGUUGUAACGUUAUAAAUCUAACUUAAAACUUUUUGUUAAAACGUUAAGGCGAUGGUGGACUUAACCGCUAAUUUAAGCAGUCUUUCUUUUGAGACUGGACUGACGGAAGAUGAGAAAAACUUACUUUAUCUUCGUCCUCGCUCGGCUGGACUGACAGUCUGCGGCUGCGCUCACGCAUCUUUCCUCUGUGGACUUGUACAGUCACUGAGAGGUAUCAUCAAAAGUCACACCACAAACAGAGACUCACUGGCAUUAGGAGAAGACAGCAGCGACCUCUGCCUGGGAAUACUUGGGAUGGGUCACAUGGGAAAACAGUUGCUUCACACCCUCCUGGAAAAGACUGGUGUCAAACCAUCACAUAUUAAAAUCUCUACUAGAAGACCAGAAUCUGCAGCAGCGUUCGUCCAGACAGACGUUGAAUGUUUCUUUGACAAUCGCAGACUGGCAGCGUGGGCGGAUGUUCUGUUCCUCUGCUGUCUGCCAUCUCACCUGCCUAAAGUCUGCGCUGAUCUCCACUCUCACCUGUCGAAGCACUGCCUGGUGUACAGCUUCACCUCUGCUGUGCCUGUCACCAGAUUAGCACAACUUCUAGGACAUGACUUCAUUGUCAAACCGCAGUAUGUGUUUGUGGAUUGUGACACUGCAGAUGUGUGGCUGUCCUGCGCUUGUCUGACCGCGGCUUUGAAAGAUCCUUUGCUCACAGAGGCAUCAUGUCCUCUUACAAUGAAGGGUGGCAUUUCUCUAGGUCUGAACUGGGUGUGUGCAGUGUUGUACAGCCUGCUAAACAUCUGCACCUCUGCCAGUCUGGGGUCAAGUGAUGCUCUCUCUGUGAUCAAAUGCAUCUUUGCAAAAUGGCCACAAACUGUGGAAUUAAAUGCACAAAGUUUCAUCAGCACAUCUUAUGCGUCCUCCCUUCUUGCAGAUGAGCCUUUUCCCUGGAUUUCUCUCACUGAUGCCCAGACCAGGGAGACACCACUGUUGCGCUUUCUGUCAGGCAGUAAACCAAUGCAGCAAUGCAUCUCUGCAGCAUACAAAUCAAUGCUGGAGACCACAGUGAAAUGGGACUGAAAUUAAUUCAUUUAUACUUAAACCUUUUUACACCCUAAUAUAAAAUUUUUACUCUCAAAAGAUUUCCCUCUAUCAUAGUUUAAAGUCUGUGCUCCUCAUAUUAUACAUAUUAUAUAGUUUUAUCAGAUAUAAUGUAUUAUAUUCAAAAUUACAUUUGAUUUUAAAGUGUAUUUUGCAAUACAUGGAUUUACUGUGGCCUGACAGGCUAUAGGAUAUAGUUUUUUUUUUUUCAGAGAUUAAGGGUAAAUAUCUGGAAAACAAGGCACAUUUAGAAGUUAUGAACAGCAGCAAUACUUUUGUUUUAUUAUACUGGCAACAUUUUUAUCUUCUGUACAUGUAAGACAUCGUACAAAUGUCAAAUAUGCAUUAAUUAUUUUAUUCUGUGCUGAGGAGAGCAGAGGGUCUUCCCUUUUCUGUUGAAUGGUGAUAAAAUGAUGUUUCCACUGUCAUAUACACUCUGAUGAAGGAUGAAGCAUCAGCAGAUUUGUCAGCCUGUUGACCGCAAAUAAAUUUAUCCAAAAAAUUAA